AUGACACUAACUUUUGACCACAUGAACCUGACCUUUGACCUCAUGUCUCUAACCUUUGCCCUCAUGACCCUGACCUCUGAUCUCAUGAACCUGACCUUUGACCUCAUGACCCCAACCUCUGACCUCAUGAUGAAUAAGGACCGUCAUAUCUCCCUACAACGGCCAACCCCCAGACCUGAACCCCCAACCCACAGUCCUCAGCCCCCAGCCAAUAGUCCUCAGCCCCAAGCCCACAGUCCUCAGCCCCCACCACAGUCCUCAGCCCCCACCACAGUCCUCAACCCCCACCACAGUCCUCAGCCCCCAGCCCCCAACACAGUCCUCAGCCCCAGCCUUUAA